GUCCCAGAGGAUUGGGGACGCUUCAACCGUCCAUUUGAAAAGUGUGAUUACAUCGCAAGGAUUGCUAAUGAGAUAUGUUGCAAGAAGCUAGAAUGGAAAACCAUAAUCCAUUACAUUCUCAGAUUGCUGAAGUGAAAAUGGACAUCUCAGCAUCAGCUUCUGUUGCAGCAGGGAACAAAUUUUGCAAGGGUGCUGCAUAUUAUUUCUCUGAUUCCAGUAACUCCUCGAAAGAUGCCAAGGAGAGAUCCACGUCCAUGAGGAAGCUUAUAAUCACAGUUAUCCUUUGCAUCAUAUUCAUGAUGGUGGAAGUAGUCGGGGGCAUCAAAGCAAACAGUCUUGCCAUCUUAACUGAUGCGGCACACCUUCUUUCUGAUGUGGCAGCAUUUGCCAUUACCGUUAUUCUCUUUCUGGGCUGCUGGAUGGGAAGCAACACCACAGCAGUCAUAUGGGUUCUUCUAGAUUGAGAUUCUUGGUGCCUUGGUCUCCAUUCAGCUCAUAUGGCUAUUUGUUGGCGUACUGUUAUAUGAGGCUAUUGUAAGGCUCAUUAACGAGAGUGGCGA